AUGAGCAGGGCUUGGACGCCCCAGAGCUUCUUCGCGGGAUUUCCUGAGCCUGAAGGCCUUCACGAAAGGACACGGCAAGUGGAAGCCUUUCUUCAUAGGCAUGGAGCGAAUGGACGCAAGGUCGUGCUGGUGACGAGCGGCGGAACAACAGUACCAUUGGAAAAAAAUGUCGUACGGUUUCUCGACAAUUUUUCGGCAGGAACACGCGGUGCAGCAUCAGCAGAAUACUUUCUCAAGCAUGGGUAUGCGGUCAUUUUCAUGUCGCGGCAACACAGUCAAUUUCCCUUUACGCGAUCGUACAGUCACACGACGAACCCACUCUUUGACUUGCUGGAAGAGCCAGGAGCGAAUGGUGGCUCCGUGCGCGUAUGUGAGGACCAGGUUGGCCGACUUCUUCCCAUUUUGCACGCGUAUCAUGAUGCCAAAAAGCACGGACUUCUGUUGACUGUACCGUUUGUGACUGUGAUUGAGUACUUGUUUUUGUUGCGGAAUAUUAGUCUGGCCAUGGCUUCAAUAGGCCGCCAAGCGAUGCUGUAUCUUGCAGCAGCUGUCAGCGAUUUUUUUAUGCCAGAAGACCGUAUUUCUGAGCACAAAAUCCAGUCAUCUGACCAUGCAUUAACGAUCGAGUUGGAGCAGGUGCCCAAGGUGCUGGGUGUCCUCGUACAAGAGUGGCUUCCUGAAGCUUAUAUUGUGAGUUUCAAGCUAGAAACAGAUGAUAACUUGCUCGUUCCCAAAUCAGAGCGCUCGUUGCGGAAUUAUGGGCAUCAGCUCGUUAUUGGCAACCAUCUACACAGGCGCAAGUGGGAAGUGGUCCUUGUUGAACAGACUGCACGUAUGAGAACCAAGACAACUGAUACGACGCAGCCCUUUGAGCACACAUGGAUCCGCCUGCCACCAGGAAGCGAGCGGGAAAUUGAACAGGAUAUUGUGCUGGCACUUGCACAACGACAUAUUGGAUGGAUUGGCAUAGCCUGA